AAAUUAUUUUUUUUCAUGGGGUGUAUAUAUAUCAAAUGUAUUUUAUAAUUUGUGCUUUUAAAUUACGUAGAAUUGAAUUUUAUAUGGAGGAACACGACCUCAACCGGAAAUGAGCAAUGAGCUUUACCUGAAGGAAAGGAAAGGAACAAGAAAAGGAAAGAAAAGAAAAUGGUUUUAUGGCAUGUGAGCUUUGUUUUGUUGGCAGGAAAAUUCGAAGAGGGGGUGGAAAACUAAUAAACAAACGGAGAAGGAUCCAACCACCAAAAAGUUUCUGCAGCCGCUCUCUCUGCCGAACCCUAAUCCUCGUUUCAUCAAAUUUCGUGUUCGAUUAUUCAUAUUAAAUUAUCGGCUCUUUAAAGGCUUUCCGUUUAAGCUUUAGCUCAGGUAACUGUGACAAUUUCAUGGCAGGCAAUGGCCUGCCACUGCCAUCUUUGGGUCGUGUGAAGCUCAGUGAUCUUAUUCCCUCUGAAGGCCUUCCUUCUGAGUCUUACAAACUUUCAGUCUCCACUUUGUCAGAGUCACUUGCUCAAUAUUCUGCUGCCAUCAUUCAGUUCUCGGGCAUCGAUGGGGCUCUUCUAAGAUCCGGCUUGGAUUCUGCUUGCCUUUACUUCCAUCAAAAAUCAUCAUACCCAUCUGCAGAUAUGAUUCAUACUAAUGAUUCUCGCGAAUGGUGCAAGACAUCUGGUUACUAUGCUGAUCCUCAGCUGUGGCAAGAAACCUAUGAUUAUAGACCAGGCCUGACUCCUACAGAACCAAAUGAUGCUAUGGAAUUCCCUUCAGGAGGAUUGCCUGACAUAUUUUCCCUGCUUGGAAAGGCAGCUAGGGAUAUACUGGAUGCUAUCAGCUUCUAUUUAAACUUACGUAGCUCUCCUUUUACAGAAAUACUUGAUAAUGUUCCCUUGAGAAGUCGGGAAAUUUCCUCUUCGGUAUUGUCUGUUUGCUGUUAUGCUAGACCAUCAUUCCAGAGAGCGCAGCCCCAUAAUUUAACUGAUCGAGAGGAUGGUCAGAUGGUUAUGUAUUCUGAUCAUGAGCACCAACUUGAUAAAAGCCUCAUAUCUCUUGUUAAGUCCGAUAAGGCGGGUUUACAUGUUAGAGAUUUUCAUGGUCGCUGGGUUCUUGUGGAUGGAGACCUUGGUCCUCAAGAAGCCAUUGUUUACCCUGGACUUGCCCUGUACCAGGCAACUGCAGGCUAUAUCAACCCUGCGCUGCACAGAACAGAGAUUAAUAACAUGCAGGGGAACAUCUCUGGGCGCUGUUCUUUGGCUUUUAAACUUAUGCCGAGGUCUAUGACCAGUCUCAGUUGUUCAGAGAUGAGAGCAGCUGGUCAUGGCGUUGAAGCUCAGUUCCAGCUACCAGUACCUGUGGAUGAUUUCAUGGAGAGACCUCACCCAACUGAUCAGCUUUUUAACAGGCAUACUUUACAAAAUUUCAAUUUCUCAACAUCUCAAGAUGGAUCUGUGAAGGCCAUAAUGAGGAGGAAGAAUAAUUCAAGAUGCAAACCUCUGCCACCAUCUAAGAGGCUAAGGCUUGAGGCCCAAAGGGUUCUGAAGGAAAGAGUUCAGGAAAUUGCAGAUAAGAAAGGCAUCAAGCUAAGAUUCUGCAACUUGAAGGAGUGUGAGAAUCACAUUCAUACUCUGGAUAGCCCAUGUGCCAAUAUUAGAAUGGAGAUCGGGUGGCCUCCUGGAGUACCAUUUGUUCAUCCCCAUGAUUUGCCUAAUAAGGCAAAGAUUGGUUUUCUUGAAGCAUAUGAAUCUGGGUGGAUAACAACUCAUGGUAUGGAGCUAAGUCUGACCGAACGUGGACAAGGAAGUCAACAUUCAGCCAAUUGUACCUGGACCUAUUACUGCUUGCUCGUAGCCCCGAACUUGGAGCUUGCAGAGUUAAUUGAAUCAAUUUCUAUGUUUUCCACGUGGCAGACUGGCAGUGAUCCUUGAAAAGCUUCUAAGUUGAGGACAGAAUUGAUCUCAAUGGUUUACUGUCAGUUGUGGCUUUAAGCAACUUGUGGUUGCAUGUUGAAGUCAUAGUACUUCGACUGUUGAUCACUCAUUUUUCUUACAAGAUGACAUAGCCAAACUGUGUUGUGAGAUUGUCUAUUGAAGCGUACUUUAUUUUCUAAUUUGUUCCUUUUCUCUUUUAGUGUGCUCUUUAAACAGAGUGCAUUGUACAACAAGACGACAAGCAGAUUUGAAGCCUUAAGACAGAGCUACCAAUUUAAUUAUCUGCCUUAUCAUGCAGACUUGAGCGUACAUUACCAUGAUUCUCCAGAUUCUGUAUGGGAAGAAGAAGUUUCACUUACAAUUGAAUGAGAAUAAAAUUAUAGGUUCUGUCUGCUUCACAAAAAGCCUGUGCUGGAGUUGCAUCUGGUGACAAAGUCCUUCCAACAUCUAAUUUUUUAGAUCUUAGCACUGUACACUUACGAAUUUCUGUAGCUUGUUUGAGGUCUCUACAAAUAUUGCGUGCUCAUUGCAUGACAGGUUCUAAUACUGACAGGUUGUUCAUUGGGCUUGCAAUGCCUGUACCCUGUAUAAUGAGCAGUGUCUAAUCACUAAUCACUGACAUUCACUUCCAUUUCUUUUGUAUUUCAUUUGUCAAAAUGGUUGGCGUUGAAAAGUGAAUAAAAGUACAAUUUAGUAUAACUGUUUUUGCAUUUA